UUUAACAGGCCCCGGGUCCGUUCAACCCUAAUUGGCACAUAUAUAAAUCAUCACAAAUAUUAGGGUUUUCACUCUGAGUGGUGCGAGAGACCUUGUAGCAACUAGUGGAGUGCGCCUCGCAUCUUUCACCAUGGGUAUUUCUAGGGAUUCUAUGCACAAAAGGCGUGCCACUGGUGGCAAGAAGAAGGCAUGGAGGAAGAAGAGAAAGUACGAGCUUGGUCGCCAGCCAGCUAACACCAAGCUAUCAAGCAACAAAACUGUUAGACGCAUUCGUGUUAGAGGGGGCAAUGUGAAGUGGAGAGCUCUCAGAUUGGAUACUGGAAAUUUCUCAUGGGGAAGUGAAGCUGUCACUCGUAAAACCCGUUUGCUGGAUGUGGUUUACAAUGCUUCCAACAAUGAGCUUGUGCGAACUCAGACCCUUGUGAAGAGUGCUAUCGUGCAGGUUGAUGCUGCUCCUUUCAAGCAGUGGUAUCUUCAACACUACGGUGUUGAAAUUGGAAGGAAAAAGAAAACUGCUUCCAAAAAAGAUGCACCAGAGGAGGCCGAAGCUGUUACAGAAGAAGCCAAAAAGAGUAACCAUGUCCAAAGAAAAUUAGAGACACGCCAGAAAGAACGCCAGCUUGAUUCCCACAUUGAAGAGCAGUUUGGUGGUGGGCGUUUGCUUGCAUGCAUUUCAUCUCGACCUGGUCAAUGUGGCAGGGCUGAUGGUUACAUUCUUGAAGGAAAAGAGCUUGAAUUUUACAUGAAGAAACUCCAGAGGAAGAAGGGCAAGGGUGCUGCUUGAUUGUACUGUUUCCAAAUUUUUAUUAUCGUUCUAGUUGUGCUUCAUUUGAUGCCAAUGGUCAACAUUCUCCUUUUGGAUAUGAUGCCAUCUGGCAUUUAGUGCGAACGUUCUGUUUAGUUUUUUGACAGUUGUUUCUUGAUUUUGUUGUUAACUGUGAUAUUUAUGAUUAACAAUUUUGUCACUCAAUAUGUUUUCAAUCGUAAUUUUCUUUUACUUUGUUAAA